GUUUUGUUUCGAAAAUAUCUAAACACAAUAUUUAGUCUCUCUUUAUAGAUAAAAGGAGAAAAUGGAUUUGGAAAAUCGGUUGAAGGAAGAGGUUAUUGCUAUGGAACAGACUAUUCGUGCAUUAAAUAAAACUCAAACAGAAAUUUUGUAUCGUAUGACAUCGAAUCGUGAGGCUUGGUCGUCAAAUACAGCUGCUGCUUCGAAUAAAAUUCAACAGCUUGCAAAAUAUGUGCAAAAAGUAGAAACACAAAUUCUGCAAGAUACGAACAAGUUAGACAAAGUAACCAAUCAGAUCGCCACUUUGUUGAAGAAAAGCGAUAAAGUAAAUGUACUUGUAGACUCUAUAAGAAGUAAUGCUACUUUUGAAGGAGUUGUUGGUGAAAAUUAUAAUACCGUUUCAACCGCAUCACCAACUGAUAUUACAAGCCAAAAAUACACAUUAGUUAAUAAAGAAAACAAGGAAUCAAGGAUAAGUGUUAUGGAUAAAAUACUAUCAUUACCAAGUGAAUCACCAGUCGAAGAAAAUAAUGAAUACAUGGCAGGCGAUGAAUGUUUUGGUAGUAAUACAUUUGAGAGGCGUAUUGAAAAUGACAUCACCAAUUGUGGGAAUGACAAAACAAAUAAAGUAAUAAAACAUCGUGUCUCUAGCAUUGUUCUUGAAGAAACUCUUCAUGUUCGAAUCGAUAACAAUUCACUCAAAACUGUGGAAAGUAGAAAUUAUAAAACAAAUAUGACCAAAGCUUCAAUAUCUGAUUUUGAAAAUCUGCAUAAAAAAGAUAGUAAAGAAAAUAUUCAAAGGGAUACAUCCAUUGAAAAUGACAACCAAAUAAAAAGGCUUUCAACUGAAAGUUCAUCUUAUAAUGAUAAUAGCGAAAAGCAGAGCAAACAAAUAAUUCAAACCAAGACUAAAAUAAUGGAAAACGGGUAUAAAAGUAAAUCUAUGGAAAUACAACAUGACAACCGUGUACGUUAUCAUAGUAAACAUGAAUGUUUCGAAGGAACAACUAUUAAUAACAUUCUAAAUAUGGACCUUGAGAGAGAAGAAUUCAUUCCGCCAAAUAUUAAACCAGAAGAAACGUUACUUUUCACACAAGAAAGGUUCAAAACACCAAGACGUCGGAGAAGAAGAUCGCUAGAGGAAGACAGUUGUGUUUGUGGACUUCUUGAUGUUGAUCAACCAAGAACAGUCCGAGAAUGGCUACAUUAUACCAAUCAGAUGAGAGCCCAUGCUUCAGCAAGAGUGAUAUCAGGAGUAGUAAAACUUGGAAGAUCGCAAGAUGUUAUUCUUGUGUUAGAUACUUCGGAACGUAUGACAGGAUAUUUCCAAAGAUUGAAAUCGGCCGCAUUACAAUACGUGUAUGGCAUCAAACAACAAUGCGACUGUACAGAAAUGGAUAAUGGAAUCGGUCUUGCAACUUUUGGAAGGCAAACUAGGCUUAUUCAAGAAGCAACUAAUGAUUAUAACUCGAUUAUAGAAUUAAUAGGAAAACUAACACCAGAUGGGGAUGCUCCUCUCAUUGGAGGACUUCUUAUGGGUUUUGCAGGUGUAGUAUCAUGUAGAUUAGGCUACUCUCAUGAUAUAGCAAUACAGGCGCAUAUGAUUGUUUUCACGGAUGGAUCUUCAGCACAAGAUAUGCCCUCAGAAGAUGAUAAUGAUGACAAUACGUUUUCUUUCCAAACUUUACGAGUAAAACCGGAUAUCAAUGGUGUAAUGGAUAUUAUAGCUUCCACUACUACAAAGAUAUUCUAUGUACCUGUCGGAGGAAACCAACGUAACAUCAUUUUGGAACAGGCUAUGAGGAAAACAAAAGGAAAAAUUAUUCAAGACAGUGAAAUUGGUAGAUUGACCAUGAUGAGCCAAGUUAUGCUACUGGCAAUAAGCAUAGCAUCAGAAAUUAGAUAUUCAAAAGAUCAAAGCAAAGAAGUUAUCAAGAGGAAAAUGGCAGAAAGAUCAAAUUAUAAUGAUAUACAUGAUGACUGUCUAGAUAUGGUUCAAGAUUUUAUCAACCCAUUAAGGUUUGAAACCAUGCGAGGGAAUUAUGUGGAAUUAAAUUGUAAUACACUUCAACUAGGAGAUAGAGUAAGACGUGGUCCUGAUUGGGCUUAUGAUGAUCAAGAUUUGGGUCUUCCAGGAACUGUUGUUGGACAAGAUCGAAACGACUGGAUUUGGGUAGAAUGGGACCAUGGACACAGGCUAACAUAUCUAUAUGAUGAGCAAAUGGAUAGAUAUCAAGUCCGAAAAGUAGAUGAAGCAAGAAUACUUGUCAAUGAGAUGAUAGCAGUCGGUUGUAGAGUUGUUAGAGGUCAAGAUUGGGAGUAUGAAGACUAUGACGGAGGUGAAGGUUCUUUGGGAACUGUACUUCAAGUGAAAGAUGAAGGCAAGGUUGUGGUCAGAUGGGACGGAGUGAAUACAGGCAUAUUCAGAAUUGGAUAUGAUGGCCUUUUUGAAGUGUGGUUGUGUGAUGACUUUGUGAACAAUGAGAGAACUGUUCGACACAUGAAGCCAAAUAAUCAUAGUCAUACUGGACAACAGAAUCACCACAAAUUGAACACCACAAAUGAGGAUGAUCCAUUGGACAAUGUUAUCCCUAUAUACUCCGAUACAUCAGUCAGUGCCAUUUGGGAGUACGAGAAGGGCUCACAGUGGAGACAAUACCCAUCCGGAAUAAAUACCAAAAUUGAAAAAGCUUACCAGAGGAAGCAAACAGGAACAUUUAUCUUUGAAAUGAAUCAUAUAACAUAUAUUAUCCAUUUUCAACGAAUGAUACAGGAAAACCCACAAAAUAAGACAGAAAUGCCAGUCAGAAGGAAAGAUUGAGGCUUCGCUGUACGAAUGCCAACAAACAUUUGUGUAACCAAGAGCAUGAAACAAAGCAUUGUUUAACACGAAAAUAGAUUUUAGACGUACCAAUAUAGUUUUAAUUAAAAACAUCUAAUAUAUG